CACGCAUAUCAGGCAUUCCAGAAGAAGCACUCUGCUUAUUGCCCGGAGCCUUCAAGAUUACCUUCAUUAUAUUCUUCACCGAGCGUGCAGUUCUACUGGCAUCUUCCGAAGUGGCAUAUAGGAGACCAUGGCCAAACAGCAGCCUAAUUUUAUUCUCGGCUGGGCGAGCUUUGGCUCUCCCGAAGAUCCUACGACCAAAACGCACACAUCAGCUCAAGCAGAAGUCCUAUUCAACGUCCUUACAUCCUAUGGACAUAGCACUAUUGACACCUCACGACGAUAUCCCCCUACAAAACCAGGCACAAGCGAAGAGGUCAUUGGCGCUACGCUCUCGUCUACUGAGACUGCUUCCAAUAUCGUCAUUGAUACCAAGGUCCUUUCUGCGCCAGGGUGCCACAAGCCAGAGAACAUCGUCAAGUCAAUCGCCGACUCUCUCAACGCUCUGGGCGUCUCUUCCGUGCAUACAAUCUACCUACAUUUCCCAGACCGGACACAGCCACUGACAAAUCCUGUUUCGGCCCUCUCGCACGCUGUAUCUACCGGCCAGGCAAAGCAAUGGGGUAUAUCGAACUAUACACUUGCCGACGUACAAGAGAUCCUAUCACUCUGCAAACAACACGACUGGAUUCCGCCGGCAGUUUUUCAAGGCGAAUACAAUCCCUUGAACCGCGAGGCUGAGAGCGAGUUGAUCCCCUAUCUGCACGAGCAUGGAAUCGCCUUUUACGCAUACAGUCCCGGUGCAGGAGGUGCGAUUGCGCCGACAGGCUCGAGGCUUACGGCGAAAGGGCCUGCGGGCGACCGUGUUCGACAAUUGUACGGUGGCGAGAAGAUGCAAGGGGCUAUACAGAAAGUGAGGGAUGCAGUAGACACGGCUGGCUUGAAGGGCCACGAAGCUGCAAUUCGAUGGACAGUGUGGGAUGGCGUUCUGGACGGUAAGUAUGGCGACGGCGUGAUCGUUGGCGCUAGUAGUGAAGGACAGUUGAGAGAGACCUUGGAAGCAGUAAAGAGGGGUGGUUUGAGCACUGAUGUCCGGGAUGUAGUUGGAGGCAUAUGGGGCGACAUCCAGAGCAGCAGAGCUGAGAAGGCGCAAGGCUAGCCAAUGCUCGAUAGUGGCCUCAACCGAAACCAAGUACGAAGCGCGAGGUUUUCUCAAAGACCCGAACCUACUUGGGGAGGUGAACCAAUGUCUCGUGAAGAUCGAUUAUGCUUCUAUCUACUAUAUGUAACGUCCAAGUCACUUGCUCGGCUGUGUUCGAGACAAGCAUGGAAGACAGUUUACACCAUCUAGUCAACGGGCUCCUCCUCAAGCAACAAUUUGAAACUGAACGGCUCAAACGGCACACCCUCGCCGAUGAAAUGUUUACUCAUAGCCUCGACCCAGUGCAAUCGCAAGCUGUGUAACAUGGCGGACGUACCCUCCAUGACACACAGAACAGCAAUAGUGAGCAUGAAC